AUGAAAGGCUAUCACUGCUAUUUGCUCUUAUGUUUGACUCAAGUAUUGUUCAUCUUUAUGCUUAAGCCAGCAAAAAGUGUUCCAAUCUCAGCUACAAUCCAUAGGACACUAGAUGAAGAAGAUAUGCCUCGAUCAACAGUCAGGAUGGCAUUCGGUAAUGGUGGAUCAACACAAAUUACAGCUCAUUCGUCAAAUGGAGCGAUUUCAUCAAUUCAUGAUGCAAUAGACUUACACAGACAAGUAAAAAAGACGAUUAGCAAUGUUCGUAACCUUGUUCGAUCAAGGAAGCAACAGCGUAUACCUCCAUCUUCUGCAGGUCGUAUGAAUGCAUAUCACCCUUAUGCAAGAACAGGAAAGCCUGUACCUUAUAGCACAGGUCAUAUGGAGGACAACAAUCAAAAGCAAUAUCAUCCUCACUUGCAACAUACUACAUCAAUGCCAUCACAUGAAAUACAUCCGCAUGAAGCGCAUCCGCAAGCAAUGCAUGAGAUAAGUUCGGGUCAAGGGCAUCAAGCAAAACAUCAAGUUCUUGUUCAGCAUCCUGGUACGGACCACCAAAUGCCACACUACUCAAUGGCAGCCGAAGCCCCUUUCAGAGGCAAAUAUAGAAGCCAAAGAGCUCAACAUGUUCAAUAGUAUUAUCUUUCACUUGUCA